AUGAACGGCGGUGGCGACAGUGGAGAGUUGGCGUCAGCUGCGGCGGGCCCACCUGCGCCGCUGGAGUGGAAAUUCUCUCAGGUCUUCGGCGAGAGGGCGGCCGGAGAGGAAGUGCAGGAAGUGGAUAUAAUCUCUGCAAUUGAGUUUGACAAAUCUGGCGAUCAUCUAGCUACUGGUGACCGUGGUGGAAGAGUGGUGCUAUUUGAAAGGACUGAUACAAAAGAGCACGGUGGAAAUCGGAGAGAUUUAGAGAGGACAGAUUAUCCAGUUCGACAUCCAGAAUUCCGUUACAAAACAGAAUUUCAAAGCCAUGAACCAGAGUUUGAUUAUCUAAAAAGUUUGGAGAUUGAGGAGAAAAUCAACAAGAUUCGGUGGUGCCAGGCAGCUAAUGGUGCCCUCUUUCUUCUGUCUACUAAUGACAAAACCAUUAAGUUUUGGAAGGUCACAAGCAAUGAGACGAGCCUUCAUGCCAGAUGCAGGAGAGUAUAUGCACAUGCACAUGAUUACCAUAUCAAUUCAAUCUCAAAUAACAGUGAUGGUGAAACAUUUAUAUCGGCUGACGACCUCCGGAUAAAUCUUUGGAACUUGGAAAUAAGCAAUCAAAGUUUUAACAUAGUUGAUGUGAAGCCCACGAACAUGGAGGAUCUAACUGAGGUGAUAACAUCAGCCGAAUUUCAUCCUACUCACUGCCACACAUUAGCAUAUAGCAGUUCGAAAGGAUCAAUCCGUCUCAUUGAUUUGCGGCAAUCUGCAUUAUGUGAUUCACAUUCUAAGAUUUUUGAGGAACCAGAGGCACCAGGAUCAAGAUCUUUUUUCACUGAGAUAAUAGCUUCUAUAUCGGAUAUUAAGUUUGCGAGGGAUGGCAGACAUAUUCUGAGUCGUGAUUACAUGACCCUUAAGUUGUGGGAUAUUAAUAUGGAUUCUGGCCCAGUUGCGACCUUUCAAGUUCAUGAGUAUUUGAGACCGAAGCUUUGUGACUUGUAUGAAAAUGAUUCUAUAUUCGAUAAAUUUGAGUGCUGCCUGAGUGGUGAUGGUCUUCGAGUGGCAACUGGUUCCUACAGCAAUUUGUUCCGUGUGUUUGGUUGUACUCCCGGCAGUACUGAAGCUACUACCCUGGAAGCAAGCAAAAACCCUAUGAGAAGGCAAGUGCAGACCCCCUCAAGACCUUCCAGAUCCUUGAGCAGCAGCAUCACUCGUGUUGUUCGACGAGGUUCUGAAACUCCAGGAGUUGAUGCCAAUGGGAAUACAUUCGAUUUCGCCUCAAAGCUGCUCCACCUGGCAUGGCAUCCCUCCGAAAACUCAAUAGCUUGUGCUGCUGCAAAUAGCCUGUACAUGUACUAUGCAUAAAAACGUUCAGUAAACAUAUCAAGCUCGUUUAUCAACGAAUUGGAGGUUCUUCAUUCUCUGUCACCAUUCGAGUGCCUCGUAAAGUCUUUUUUAUAGUCACAGGGUCCGAACGCAGGGGUCCACUGGUGGCUGUGGUAGAAAAACUCACAACCCGAGCUACAUAUAGUCGAAAUUCCUUGUUCGCCUUUUUAUAUAUUCGCCCUUUAACAUUUAUUUUUUAUUUUAUUU